AUGGACGAAUAUACAGCCGACGCUUUCGCGAAUCGCGAGGAACCCUUGCCUCUACUCACUGUGACUUCUGAUGACAUCGAGGAAAGUGGCUCAGAUACCGAUGCUACUCGAGACUCUCGUAGGAAACGCUUAGGUCGACGUCUCAACGCAAGCAGGGAGAGAGUCAAAGGAAAAGCCCAGGAGCUACAUGCCACUACCUCUAGCAAAGUCGUCUUAAGUCCUGGACGUGCUUCAAUUCAAGAUCGGCUGUUCAACAAACUUCUUGAGCAAGUCAUCCCUAUAGAAGACUAUGAAGGUCAGGAAGAGACAGAAGAUCGACGCUCGUCAAGCAAUGUCAGUCGUCCUGCUUUUAGCCUGGGCACAAUGUCUAACAACUUCCGAAAAUUCAAUGCACGUAUAGGCAUUGUCUUCGUCUUCCAGGAUCGUCUCAUCAGGCUAUUCACUUGGAGAACAACUACACAUACACUUUCGUUUCUGGCUGUUUAUACAUUCAUCUGCCUUGAUCCUUACCUCAUCAUAGUCUUACCUUUAGCCAUCGCACUACUUUUCAUUAUGGUUCCGGCAUUUCUAGCACGACAUCCACCACCACCUCCAGCACCAAGAGCGGCGACUGCCACGCAAAUAGAUCAGAUCAACAAGUAUAGCUACGCGGGUCCGCCCAUUGCUCCAGCUCGCACGAUACGUCCUGCGGCCGAGACUUCGAAAGACUUCUUCCGAAAUAUGCGCGAUCUUCAAAACUCUAUGGCUGACUUCUCUGCCAUUCACGAUCUCAUGGUACAGUACAUUGCACCAGCGACCAACUUCUCCGACGAGGUCUAUUCCUCCAUGAUCUUCCUCUACCUGUUCCUCCUCAGUUGCAUUCUCUUCAUCUCAGCACACUUGCUACCCUUCCGAACCAUCUUUCUCAUCUCCGGCUGGUCUAUGAUCGUCUCAGGCCACCCCACGGCUCAAGUUUGGCUGGUAAAACAACACAAGAAAGCCGAACGUAAAGCAGCACAAUAUUCCGAUACGUUACAACCCAACACCUCAAAACAACCAGCAAUAAAAGCUGAACCUCGUCCAAACCUCUACGGCCUGCCUAUACCAAACAACUCGACUACCCGUACCAUCUCAAGCACACUCACCUCCUUAUCCGAGAUCACCUUAAGCACAAGCCCAGAAACAGCCGAGGUCGAAAUGUUCGAGCUUCAACACCGCCCACUCCUACCAAUAGGCCGGUCAUCCCCAGCUCAAGAAUGGCAACACCAUCUCUACACACCCACACCCUGCGACCCUCUCUCACCUCACCGCAUCUCAGGGUCUCGUCCUCAAGGCACCCGCUUCUUCGAGGACGUACAACCGCCCACUGGCUGGACCUGGCACACCCCCAAAUGGGAGCUAGACCUCGAAGCUGGCGAGUGGGUUCACGAUCGUCUGAUUGUGGGAGUCGAGUUCGACGUCACUUCCUACGAUCCCGCGGCUUGGCAGGUUGAGCGGCGAGAUAGUGUCAAUGCGGAUUUCGGUGGUUGGGUGUGGGAUUUACCUCCGCCAUCGAGUACAGCGAGUGGAUUGGAACGUGAUGAUGAGGUAUGGUUGGCGUAUGGGGAUUAUCAUUUUGGCGAGGAGGAGAAAGGCAAGACAGGGGCGAAGAAGGGGAAGAAAGACAAGGAUGCGAAAGGGGAGAAGGACUGGGAGGAACAGAUCAGCCUUGGGAGCAGGGGGAGGACAGGCGAGUGGAGGAGACGACGGUGGGUGAGGGUGGUCAGACGGAAGAAGAUGUCGUCGAUAGAGUAG